CUCAAAAGAACUACACAUCCCACAAUCCAGCGUUGGCGGUACAGUUGGGAGUUCAAAGUUCAAACGUUACAGUAAAAAUAGGGUUUUCGCUAGUUACUGCUUGUGUGCUAACAGGAAAAAACAACAAGAACUCGCCUUGCAGAGGACGUGUUUCUCGGUUACCACCGCAGCGAAAACCGACCGAGGAACCCCGAAAUGGCCUUCAGCUAGUCGGUGCCCGCUCUCACUCUGUUGUCGGUGGAUUUACAGACGACGGCUAGCUGGGUGCUAAGGUUAGCACGCUUGCCAAAUAGGCACAUAGCAACUGCUGCUAGCUAUCGUCACUGGACUGGUACUGUUAAGUCUGCAGCUAUGUUCGUGCAGGAGGAAAAGAUAUUUGCCGGGAAAGUGCUGAAAAUACACAUCUGCACCAUGGACGGCACGGAGUGGUUGGAGGAGGUCACGGAAGACACGACUGUUGAGAAACUAAAGGAGAGGUGCUUGAAACAUUGUGUACAUGGAAGUCUAGAAGAUCCCAAAACCCUUACACAUCAUAAACUUAUUCAUGCUGCUACAGAAAGAGUCCUCUCUGACACAAAAACUGUUGCUGAUGAAAAUCUCAAAGAUAAAGAUGUUUUGCUGCUCAUAAAGAAAAGACCGCCACCAACCCCUCCAAAGACGGCUGACGUUAGUUCAGAAGACAAGAAGAAACAAGAAAACAAAGCUCCAGAUAAAGAUGCUAUUCUGAAAGCCACCGCCAGCCUAUCCACACGCCACACGGACCGUACUGUUACGCAACACAACAUCAGAGACUUUCAAACAGAGCUCAGAAAAAUCCUGGUUUCUCUUAUUGAAGUCGCACAAAAGCUUCUUGCCUUGAACCCUGAUGCUGUCGAACUGUUCAAAAAGGCAAAUGCAAUGUUGGAUGAAGAUGAAGAGGAUCGGGUAGAUGAAACAGCCCUCCAGCAGCUCACUGAGAUGGGUUUCCCUGAGAGCAGAGCAAUCAAAGCUCUGAGACUGAACCACAUGUCAGUGACCCAGGCUAUGGAGUGGCUGAUUGAGCAUGUAGAUGACCCCUCUGUGGACACGCCACUACCAGGCCAGGACUCUUCUGGGGCAGCAGGAGCUACGGCAUGCCACCCCAGGCCCCCUGCUUCAGCAUCUGCUUCAGCCUCUGGUCCUAACCCUCACCGCAGCCUAUCCAGCCAGUCGAGCACAGAUGAGAGCAACAAGCAGGAUGAACUCACAGAGAUCUUCAAGAGGAUCCGCAGGAAAAGGGAGUUCAGGCCAGAUUCAAGGGCGGUCAUUGCAUUGAUGGAGAUGGGCUUUGAUGAAAAGGAGGUGAUCGAUGCUCUGAGAGUCAAUAACAACCAACAGGAUGCAGCGUGUGAGUGGCUGUUGGGAGACAGGAAACCUUCUCCAGAAGAUCUGGACAAAGGCAUCGACACCAACAGCCCGCUGUUUCAAGCCAUCCUGGAAAAUCCAGUCGUCCAGCUGGGUUUAACCAAUCCCAAAACUCUUCUAGCGUUUGAAGACAUGCUGGAGAAUCCUCUGAACAGCACCCAGUGGAUGAACGACCCCGAGACCGGCCCUGUCAUGCUACAAAUAUCCAGAAUCUUCCAGACCCUCAAUCGCACAUAGAGCCUCCUGGUGACCCCCCCAUCCCGCGUAUGACUGUGGCAGCUUCGUGUGUAUGUGUUUGUGUGUUUGAUCACACUGAGGCGUACGCUUGCAUGUAUGAAUGUGUAUGUAUGUGUAUGCGUGAGCGUGGGAGAGACACGAGUAUUUUUUUUUGCCUUUUAAAGACAAAGACAGAGGAGUCAAAGUAUGAAUGAAGAUGUUACACAUAUAACUAUUUAUAACAAUACAGUAAAAACACUUAUACAAAACAGAUGUUAACAUAAAGUUAUUAUUACAGUAAUAAUAAUAAUAUAAAUUAAGAUUUAGUAUGUUGUUUUUACAUUUUAAUGAUAACAAUUUAUAGGUAUGACAGACAUGAUUUAUUUUAUAUAAUUUGUCCACGUGUAAAAAUGACAUCAGACAUCAAUUUAAUGUUUACACUUCAACAGAAACUGUUUUCUAUGUUUUGCAAUAUUUAAAAAUCAACUGCAGUUUUCACUGUCUCUUUAAAAUGUUCCAUCAGUGGUGAAUGUGUGGAAGACUUCUGUCAGUAUCACAUCUUCUUUUUCUUCUCCCUCUGUUUUAAUCAAAAAUCACUGCUUUAUAAUUGAGAGGAAAAAGUAAAGUCAAAGAGGAUUUUUAAAAAGAAAUCUUCAUUGAGCUUCUUCAAACAUAUUUAUUUGACUUUCUUGCCUUUUAGAGCAAAACUGUACACUAAACCGUGUCUGUCAUGUUUUUACAAGAAGAUUUUAUAUUGGGCCUGUGUGUGUUUACUGUCGAUGUGCUCAUGAAUGUCAUAUUGUCAUGUUGCUCUUGUCUGGCACUUCCUCACCUCUAUGAAUAUCGCGUACCGCAGCACUAGUACAAGAAGAAAGAAGGGUUUGUGUGUUGUCUCAAAAGCAUGCAGUGGUAGCGAAGAAGUGAAGCUGAUCACAAGGUGGUUGCCUUUUUAAACUUAAAUUUGAAUGAUGAAGAUGCAUGCUCGCUUCAUGCUUGAGAGGUGUGAGUGUCUUCAAACAUAUGUGGAAACAAUAGAAGCUGACAUGCAACCAAUUUCUAUGUUUUGAUUUGUUUGUUUUUUCCCUUUUCUUUUUUUCUUCCUUUUUGAGAGCAACAAACAUUUAUGCUGUCAAACCAAAAUGUCACUGUAUAACCUGCCUUGUCAUUAGAUGUACCCAGUGAAAAAAAACAAAACUGUAUUUCUGUGCAAUAGCAAGGACUUCUGUUGACCUGUAUAGACAUAUAUUUGAGUGUUAGAGAUGUGUGAAUUGCAAUGGGUAGUGUGUUAAUAAUAGCCUUUGCAUUGAGUACUUAAAGUCUCCAGAUACAUGAAGGAGAGCAUUGCCUCUCCUUUUUGUACAAGAGGUUUAAAAACAAUAUGGAGGGUGGUGUGUUUUGCCAAGUUUUUGAGUGUUUUUAUUCAAUAUUUAAAAUGUGGUAUUGAUGUGACUUUUUGCUCAGGGAGGCUGAGAUUGUUUUUCUAAACUUGUCGCUAUGGCAAACCUCUGCUUUACCCCUUUCUAGUUUGGCAUUUGAGAAAUGGCUUUAACUAAUCUGUGUAGAACUUUACCUAUGAAUAAGAGCACCACAUCAAAUGGUUUGGUAAAUGCAAUAUUUGAAAAUAUUUAAAUGUUUUUAGAGAAAAUUGUCUGGUUGAACUAUCUAUUACAUUAUUUAUAUCAAAGCCAAACUAGUAAUGUGUUCAUAUUUAUAACAUUUUUAGCAAACCUUGAAGCUAAUCUACAAAUGUGAAAAAAAUAUAAUGCUUCAAAUGUUGUUUUUACAAACCAUCAUUAAAAUGUGUUUAUGGACUGGUAGGUCACAGUGUGAUACAAAGUGAUGCAGCAUGUUUGAGUCUAUGGAAACCUUUCUGCACACUUUGCCCAAUUGGAAAUCUGUCAUGGCCAUCGUGACCAGUUGUCUCACCACCUCCAUGCUUUGCAUUGGCAUGCAUACCAAACUAUCUUUCCCUCUUAAUAUUCUGAUACGAACAUUGGGAGAUUGUACGCUUAAAGAAGAAAAAUGGCCACAGGAAAUGCUGAAAACGGUCAGCAGGAACCGGAACGAACAAAGUGAAUUUUAUUGCUAAGGGGCAGUGAAGAGGGAGUUGUUGGAGUCUGAUUAUUGUUUCACCCAGCCCACGUGUCGGAUUGUCCCAGAUCAACAACCUAUGCAAUAUGCUCACAGUCUGUUCGUUCAAGCAGCCUAAUGGCUACUGGCAUCUAAAUCACUAUUGCAUUAAAAUUAUUUUUUGUGGUUGUA